GUAUCAGCCUUACUCUCUAUGCUACUCCGUACGUCUGUAUUCUGUAUUGCGAAAAAAACCGAGUGCGGAAAGGGGUUCAUCUAGUUCGUUCGAGGGCAUCUUCCAUUCGAUAUCGCAACAAUGAGAAUGCAAGGAGCGUCUUUGGCUAGCUUGAAAAAGUAUCCAUCUCUUCUACCACUGUACUUCUGUAUAGGAUUAGGAGGAGCUGGUGCAAUCUUUUACACGUUACGUUUAGCACUUCGCAAUCCUGACGUUUCCUGGACGAAUAAGAAGGAGGCCGAGCCAUGGAAUGAAUAUAAAGAUAAACGAUACAAGUUUUAUGCUCCACAAACGGAUUACAAAAACCUUAAAAGUCCAGCACCUGAAUAUUGAGCUGCCACAUGUAAACUAGUAUUUGUUGUAGGAAUAAAUUGUUAUAAAACACUACCUCUAAGUACCUUAUCUCUAAGCUAUGUUCUUAAGACAAAGCGAUAAGAAAGUAGCAAUCUUAAGUUAUUUUGGAAAAAGAAGAAUUCAUUAUAAUUAAACAUUACGUACAUUAUGUAAUAUAAUUUUAAAUGUAGAGAGAAAAGGUUUAAUAUUUAAUAAAAUAGUAAUCUUUA